AUGAGGCUAGGAGGAUACAAUCGAGACGUCCCUGAUGAAGAGGCCCGACUUCCACUCGUGCGUCGCAGGCCCCUCCGCCCUGAAUCUCACGAUUGGUAUGGCCCAGGUGACGUCGCGCCCUACUACCCAAACCCAAUGCCCCAUCGGACACGAGUCGACGAACUACAAAGGCCCAACGGAGGUACACCCAGGGGAUAUUCGAGGAGCAUGAGCCUCGAUGCAUACCCUCCGCCUACCAUGCCCAUGCCCCCAGCACACCUGAUGCGGGCUUCUACAGAUGUUUAUAAGAAGCGCCCGCAGUUUGAAGUCUACGAGGCCGACGAAGAUGAUGAGGGUGAUGAACGCUUUCCGCCCAUGAAGCCGCGGGGUAGACAACCCGAACCUGCAAGGCCCCGCCGGCGGGUGACGAGACCGAGGGAACCGACGCCUGAAUCGACACCGCCGACGGAGAGUGAGGAGGACAGUGAGAGCGAGAGUGAGAGCGAAAGCGAAGAUGACAGCGACGACGAACGUAUAGAGGUCGUGGUGGAGGAACAUGAGAGGCACAAACGACAUCAUCGACACCACCGACGACCCAGCCCAGAUGAUUACAUGAGCUCGCCAGAUGAGAAGAGAGUCCCGCAAAGGCGAGGUAGGAUACCGUCGCCAUCCACCUCUGACGAUAGAGAAAUACGACGAUAUCGACAUGCGUCUUCUGAGAGAGGGUCGCCAGAUCGAAGACCCGCUCUGAGGCGGGAGAUUACCGACACACCUAGAUACAGUCUUCCAACACGAUUCAACAGUGUGCUGGAUGCUUCUCGGCCACCCGUGGCUUCUAGGAGAACUGCCAAGGUUGUGGAGUCCCGUGAGAUUAUCCGUGAAGGCCGUCCUCGGAGACUAGUAGAGACGGUCGAGGUCUCCAGAGAGUCUUCAAGACGCCCUCCCAGUAUAGCGGGUAGCGGGUUUGAAACAUCUAGAAACAGUUCUCGGGAUCGACCCCGCAUAAUCCGUGAUUGCAAAGGCUGUCUCGAUGAGGUCCCUGCCUCGAGAUGUCCCAAACUUGAAUGCGGACAUCGCAUGUGUCACAACUGUUUGAAGAAGCGUUUUAAGCAGUCAAUGACGGACGCUGAGCAUAUGCCUCCAACAUGCUGUACCGAUGAGCACAUCGAUCCGGAGCACGUCGAUAAGCUUUUCGAUCCUGUUUUCAAAAAGAUAUGGAAUAAAAAAUUUGUGGAAGCCUCUUUCAAAAACAGGCUGUAUUGCCCGUCACGACGAUGUGGAGAGUGGAUUCGACCGAUCAAUAUCUACCAUGAUCGCGAUACGAAUCGGAAGGCUGCUCGCUGCGAUCGAUGCAACACAAAGGUUUGUGUGACUUGCAAUGGCAGAUGGCACUUUGCGGGCAAGUGUCCCCGGGAUGAUGAAACAGCAAAGUUUCUUGCACAAGCCAGAAGCGAGGGGCGGAAGAGAUGCAUCAAAUGCGGUGCUACAGCUCAAAUUAGGGAUGGCGAUAACCAUGCAUUGUGCCGAUGCGGUGCCGAAUUUUGCGUCGUUUGUGGAGAUAAACCCAAGAGAUGCGAAUGCCCACGGUUCGACGCUGACGUCCCCGAGUCUGACCACGAAGAGAAAGCGAUUACACGAAGGGAAAGAAGCGAGAUACAAGUCUUCCGUGAAGGCAGCACUACAGAGGACUCUCGAGGCCCCCGGCGGCCACGAGGAAAGCAGCCACGGCCUCAUGUCUACGAUGAAGAAAUCAUGUUACGUCAAGAGGACCGCGAAGAUGAACUGGUUCGCAGGCCUCGCUACUAUGCCAAAGACGACGAGUAUGAUAUCGUCGGUGCUCCAGAACCACCCACGUCCCAUUAUGUGGAAGAGAGUCCCAAGCGUUUAGGACGCAGAGUAGUUGGCGGCGCCCCUCCUUCUCCAAGCCAAGCAGAAUUCGAGAGAGGUUCUCGUGUCGGCAGGGGAGGCUACUACGGAGGACGCAUGGACAGACGAAAGGUAGAGCGGCACGCGGAAGAUCCGUACGACAUGGAACCUCCUGGCAUGAGGCCGCCGCCCAUGGGAAUGCCACCUCCGGUCAUGGAGGGAGGAUACCGCGGAGGAACAGGACCUCUGAUUGUGGAACGAGAUCCCAACACUUACGACGACGACGAUUCAUAUUACAGUCAUAGCUCGCGUAGUCGAAAGGGCACGCGACGCAGCGACGUACGCAAGUCCUCAGAGCUAGCAGGACUUGCCGGACGCAACUCUGGCAUGGGACGAAUCGACGUUUGGCGGAAGUUUGUCGAGCCCGGUGAUCCGGAGGGUGAAUUGGGACCGGCAGUAGCGGCUGCUUGA